CGGCUCUGGCCGGCCGCCAUCUUGCCCCUCUGGCUGGCUAUUUCUCUCUCUGUGUCUGUCGCUCCCUCUGUGGCGGCGGCGGCGUGGUGGUGGUGGUGGUGGUGGUGGUGUUGGGGUAGCCCCUCGGCGGCCCGCGGAUCGGGACCCUUCCCCCUCCUCCUCCGGCGGAGCGGGGCCGAGGCCCCUAAAGUCGUUUCCACAUCCGCCCUCCCACCGUGGCCGAGUGGUUUUGAGGGGUGAGGAAGGAGGUUCUAGACUCGAUGAGUUUCCCCCGCAAUGUCGGAGAAGUCAGGCCAGAGCACAAAAGCAAAGGAUGGGAAAACAAAGUAUGCAACACUCAGUCUAUUUAAUACAUACAAAGGAAAGUCACUAGAAACUCAGAAAACCACAGUCGCUGCUCGCCAUGGAUUACAGAGUCUUGGAAAAGUUGCCGUUUCGCGGCGUAUGCCCCCACCUGCUAAUCUCCCUAGUCUGAAGGCAGAGAACAAAGGCAAUGAUCCAAAUGUGAACAUCGUGCCGAAGGAUGGCUCAGGGUGGGCUUCUAAGCAAGAACAGCACGAGGAAGAAAAACCACCAGAAGUGCCGCCUGCAGCACAGCCGAAACCUGGAGUUGUUGCUCCCCCAGAGGCUCCUCCUGCCCCUAAAUCAUGGGCCAGUAACAAACAGAGUGGGCAAGGAGAUGGUGUCCAAGUAAAUAGCCAUUUUCAACAAGAGUUUCCCAGUCUGCAGGCAGCUGGGGAUCAGGAGAAAAAGGAAAAAGAUGCAAAUGAUGAAGCCUAUGGAUCUGGAUCCAACAUAAGGCCAAGUGACCAAGAAAAUAAACUCCCCGGACAAGAAGACGGCACUGCCGGAACAGCAGAACAGAAUGAUGCCCUUAAAGCCGGCGAAAAGAGGCUGCCUGGUGUCCCACCACAGUUGCCUCAGCCCAGAGUCAAUGGGCAACAGCAGCCUGGUCUUGCUUCUCAGUACAGGGCAAUGAUGCCUCCUUAUAUGUUUCAGCAGUAUCCUAGAAUGGCAUAUCCUCCAUUGCAUGGUCCAAUCAGGUUCCCUCCUUCGUUAUCUGAUGCUAACAAAGGUCCCCGAGGGAGAGGCCCGCCCCCUUCAUGGGCCCCUGAGCCCGAACGUCCCUCUAUCCUUAGCGCAACUGAACUCAAGGAGCUUGAUAAAUUUGAUAACCCAGAUGUCGACCCCGACGAAGGCUGGGCUGGAGCCCAGAUGGAAGUGGAUUAUACUGAACAACUGAAUUUCAGUGAUGAUGAUGAGCAGGGAGGUAAUCAGAAAGAAAACCGGGAUGACGGCGAAGAGCAAGCUUCAAAGGGCUCUGAAAACUCCGAGGGUCAAAAAGAAAAUGAAGGGCCCAGCACUAAACCUCCUCAGACACUUCCACAACCACCAGUAACCAAAGGACCCUAUAGCAAAGGCCCUCCUUUCAAUCAGGAACGCGGGCUCCCCCCAGGACAGUCUUUAUUACAUGAAAAGAACAAUUCCAUUCACCUUCCACCUCAUCCAAAAUCUCUUAUGCAACAGCAUCCACCUCCGGAUCGCCAGGCAGGUCCUGGAAGACAAGGCCCCUUUCCCCCUAAGCAGCCAGUUCCUGAUGAGGAUGAAGCUUGGAAACAAAGACGAAGGCAGCAGACGGAAAUCUCCGCAGCAGUGGAGCGUGCCCGGAAGCGGCGAGAAGAGGAGGAAAGGAGAAUGGAAGAGCAAAGAAAGGCCGCUUGUGCAGAGAAGCUGAAACGGUUAAAUGAGAAAUAUGGCAUUGUGGAAAAACAACCCUCUCCGGAGGAACUCAGGGAGAGGGAGCGGGAAAAGGAACGGGAGCGAGAAAAGGAGCGGGAGAAGGAACGUGAACGCGAGAGGGAGAAGGAGCGGGAGCGAGAGAAAGAGAGAGAACGAGAGCGGGAAAAGGAGCGCGAACUAGAAAGGCAGCGGGAAAAGGAGAGGGAACUCGAGAAGGAGAGGGAACUGGAGCGACAGCGGGAAAAGGAGAGGGAACUGGAGCAGCAGCGAGAAAAGGAAAGAGAACUGGAGAAAGAGCAUGAAAAGGCGCAGGAACAGGAGAGGGAGCGCCAAAGGGAAGAAGAGCUCGAAAGGGAGCGUGAAAAAGAACAAGAAAACGUGGAAGUCAAGUUAGAGCCCAAAGAACCUGUGAUAGAAGCUGUAAUAGAGAAACAAGAAAACGAAAGCAGCAGUAAUAAAGAAACCAGAGAGGAGCAGCCAUCCUUCACUAGGCAAGAUAGUAAUCGGAGUGAAAAAGAGAGCACACCGGCAGUUCAUGAAACAGAGCCGGAUUCAGGGUCUCUGCCUCGCCCUGCCGUCUCAUCUGGUUACUCCAAACAGUUUCAGAAAUCACUGCCACCACGGUUCCAGCGGCAGCAGGAGCAGAUGAAACAACAGCAGUGGCAACAGCAACAACAGCAAGGCGUCCUUCCACCGGCUGCUCCUUCCCAGCCGUCCGCUGGGGCCGUCCCUCCUCCCCCGCACAGGCCUCUCUACCAGCCCAUGCAACCUCACCCUCAGCAUUUGGCUUCUAUGGGCUUCGAUCCUCGGUGGCUCAUGAUGCAGUCCUACAUGGACCCGCGAAUGAUGUCUGGACGACCCGCCAUGGACCUUCCCCCCAUGCACCCCGGAAUGAUGCCGCCUAAGCCACUGAUAAGAAGAGAUCAGAUGGAAGGAUCCCCAGCUAGUUCAGAAUCUUUUGAACAUAUUGCUCGGUCUGCAAGAGAUCAUGCUGUCUCCCUAAAUGAACCUCGUAUGAUGUGGGGGUCAGAGCCCUAUCCCCACGCUGAGCCGCAACAGGCGAAUACUGCUCCCAAAGUGACCGAAGAGCCCGAAGACCUCAGACCCGAAGCUCCUUUGGAGCAAGAAGUCAUCACCACUGCUUAUCCUGUAGAACACAAUCAGUUGGACUCUCAUCCAAAGACAGAAUUUUUCAGAGAAACGGGUGAGGCAGAGGUACAGAAGUUUCCAAGCAGGUCUUUGGAAGAAGUUCGACCUCACCAUACCGAACUAACUAACCCAGCUCCUACUGCUGAGGCGGCCGAUCAGAAUAUUGCACCCGGCUCUCAGGAAGAGCCGGUGCUAAUUGGAGAAAGCCAGGCGGUCCAGAAGAGAAGCGUUUCCCAUGGCUCUAGCCAUCCUGUCAAAGCCGAGGAGCCAAGAAAUGAGACGUCAGCUAACAUUCCCAAAGUAAACAGCAGAUGCACGGAUAUAAAAGAACCAGCCGAAAGACCUGAGGAUAAACCAAAAAAAGAAGUUUUCACAAGAUCUUGUGACGGACCAAAAUUGGACAAACCUUACAAGUCCAAGUCUGAAACUCGUUGGGGCCCAAGACCAAGCUCUAACAGGAGAGACGAAGGGAUCGAUAGACCAAUCAGGAGGUCUGGGCCCAUUAAGAAACCCGUACUUCGAGACAUGAAAGAAGAACGGGAGCAGAGGAAGGAAAAAGAGGGAGAAAAGGGGGAAAAACCAAUGGAGAAAGUGGUGAAACCUGAAAAGAUUGAGAAGAAGGAACCGCCGCCUCCGGCUCCAGCUCAGAUUCCACCUCAGCCCCUUCCUCCGCCUUCCAAGCCAGAGCCAGAAAAACCUGCCUCUGAUGCUUCAAAUGUGGCUAAAAAGCCUCCCCAGGAUCCCGAUAAGCCUUUAGAAGCCACAGAGAGCGUUCAGGCAGAGUCUGCGGUUAAGCCUGUAAGUCAGCAACCCGCUCCCCCUCCCGCACCCAAGGAAGAGAAGCAACCCGAAAGGGUCAUCGGCAAAGAUCACGUUUUUGAGCGUCCUCGCCCGGAUUCGAGGCCGAUUAAAAAAGACCCCACUCUGCCCCCCAGAACUUACUGGAAAGACGCUCGAGAGAGAGAUUGGUUCCCAGAUCAGGGCUACAGGGGCAGAGGCCGGGGAGAAUAUUACUCCAGGGGUCGUAGUUACAGAGGCUCCUACGGGGGCCGGGGCCGGGGUGGUAGAGGCCAAAGCCGGGAUUAUCCCCACUACAGAGACCCUAAGCCGAGAACGGAGCACCUGCCUUCCGGAGCCCUCCGACAGCGCGAAGAGAGCGAAACUCGGAGCGAGAGCUCCGAUUUUGAAAUAGUCCCCAAAAGACGGCGGCAGCGGGGUUCGGAGACUGACUCGGACAGUGAAGUUCACGAAAGCGCAAGUGACACCCUCCUCUCGGACAAAGACAGUCUGAGCAAAGGCAAACACCCGAAGAGAGAAGAGAGGCCGGAGAACAAAAGGCCGCCCAAGCCCCUGCUCUCCUUCAAACCCGAAAACAGCAUCCGAGUAGAUGGCCGGCCCCUAGACAAGCCCUAUGGCAGAGAGGAUGAUAGUAAGCCCAAACCUGGCUUCCUGCCUAAAGGAGAACCCUCCAGGCGAGGAAGAGGGGCUGCCGGCACGUUCAGGCGGGGCGGAAGGGACCCCAGCGGCCGCCCGCCCCGGCCCUCCGCCAUCCGGAGGCCGGCCUACAGGGAUGCUCAGUGGAGUCCCAGGCAAGCGGAGACUCCCAAACUGGAGGAUGGAGAGCCUCCGAGAAGGCAGGAGCCGUUCGUCCCUGGACCGGCCGACAAAAGACCCCCAAAGUUCGAGCGGAAAUUCGAUCCGACCCGAGAGAGGCCGCGAAGGCAGCGGCCCGCCCGACCGCCGAGGCAAGAUAAGCCCCCACGAUUUAGACGACUCAAGGAGAGGGAGGCGGCUUCCAAGGUCAACGACGCGGCCCCGGCCUCUGCCCCGAGCGGCGCCGUGAAUAACGUGGCCCAGGAACAGGCCGGCGCUGCCGCGGAUGUUUCGGGCAACAAGACCCCCGACUUAUCCAAUCAGAACUCCUCGGAUCAGGCCAACGAAGAGUGGGAGACCGCUUCCGAGAGCAGUGACUUCAACGAGAGACGUGAGCGCGACGAGAAGAAAAACGCCGAUCUGAGCGCCCAGGCAGCCGCCAAGGCGGGAGAGAAUGCCCUACCCCCGAAAAGGGAAAUAGCCAAGAGAAGCUUUUCCAGUCAGCGACCUGGAGUGGAUCGCCAGAAUCGCCGGGGCAACGGCGGUCCACCCAAGUCGGGAAGAAACUUCUCUGGCCCGCGGAGCGAAAGGCGUAACGGUCCUUCGUUGAGGAGUGGGAAGAGAGGGCCAUUCGAAGACCAAACAGGUGGUAAUGCAAGUGUCGAUCCGGUCAACGGCAGCUCGAUGCAUCAAGAAGGGGGACCCAAUGGAACAGGCCAGAAGAAUUCUAAGGAGGCCGGUGGAAAAAAAAGAGAAGAGCCUAAACCUGGUCCAAAGAAACCUAAAGAGAAAGUGGAUGCCCUGUCCCAAUUUGACCUCAACAACUAUGCAAGUGUCGUAAUCAUUGAUGACCAUCCUGAAGUAACGGUAGUCGAAGAUCCCCAGUCAAACUUGAACGAUGAUGGCUUUACUGAAGUUGUAUCAAAAAAACAGCAGAAACGCUUGCAGGACGAAGAGCGCAGAAAGAAGGAAGAACAGACUGUACAGGUGUGGAACAAAAAGAGUUCAAACGAGAAAGGAAGAAGCCAGAAUUCUAAACUUCCACCCCGGUUUGCCAAAAAGCAGCAGCAAGUUGCAGUAGUCCAGCAGGCCCAGGCACCCUUGCCAGCGGCAACACCGGCACCGGCUCCCGCUGCACAGACCGUGGCCCAGCCUCAGUCACAGACCCCGACCCCGACGCCGACGCCGACUCCGACCCCGAGCCAACCGCAGACUGCGGUUCAGCCCCAAGGCCAGACAGCAAAUGCCCCAAAUGCGACAAAUGGUACGGAUUACGUGGCCACGGGAAAACCCUCACAGAAUGUGCCUUCUCACGGCACUCUAGGAGCGGAAUUGUGGGAUAAUAAGGUAGCCCCUACUGCUGUCCUGAACGACAUCUCCAAGAAAUUGGGACUGAUCAGUCCACCACAGCCACCUUCAGUCAGUGCGUGGAAUAAGCCAUUGACGUCUUUCGGCCCCGCUGCACCCUCAGAGGGAGCAAAGAAUGGACAGGAAAGCGGAGUUGAACUUGGAAUUGAAACAAUCCAGUUUGGUGCCCCGGCCUCAAAUGGAAGUGAAAAUGAAGCGGCUCCUGUGCUUCCUGAAAAAUCACCUGACAAAUUACCUGAGCCUAAAGAGCAGCGGCAGAAGCAGCCCCGUGCAGGACCCAUCAAGGCUCAAAAGCUUCCAGAAUUGAGUCCAGUAGAGAACAAAGAACAUAAACCCGGUCCCAUCGGGAAAGAGCGCUCAUUAAAAAACCGUAAAGUGAAGGACGUCCAACAGGUGGAGCCCGAAGGACAGGAGAAGACCAGCCCUCCUGCUGUCAGAAAUGGCGAGCCCGUUCCCGCGAAGGAAACCAAAGCAGUUGCGGAAAUGAGUGCUGAAAUUGGAACGAUGAUAUCUGUGUCUGCUCCAGAGUUUGCCGCUAAUACAAAGGAAUCGGUAACAGACUACACUUCACCUUCUUCCCUGCCUAGCACUGUGGCCACCAGCAAUACAAAGAUGGAAGAGACUUUGGUGACUAAUAUGGAAUCUGCUCGCAAAGCUUGGGAAAACUCUCCAAAUGUGAGGGAAAAGAGUUCCCCGGCAACUUCAACGGCCGCCCCAAUUACCAGCGUUGGGGUCAGCAGUUCCAGUGGACCGAACCCUGCCAAUUACAAUUCUUUCUCUAGUGCGUCGAUGCCUCCUAUUCCUGUUGCUUCAGUCACUCCUACGACGUCAUUAUCAGGAGCUGGUACAUACACUACCUCGUCCCUGAGUACUAAGUCGACCACCACUUCGGACCCUCCCAACAUUUGUAAAGUGAAACCCCAGCAGUUACAGACAAGCAGCCUGCCUUCUGCAAGUCAUUUUUCCCAGCUGAGCUGCAUGCCCUCCCUUAUUGCCCAGCAACAGCAGAGUCCCCAGGUCUAUGUAUCUCAGUCUGCAGCAGCUCAGAUCCCAGCUUUCUACAUGGACACAAGUCACCUGUUCAGCACUCAGCAUGCCCGUCUGGCUCCACCGUCCCUGGCUCAACAGCAAGGCUUCCAGCCAGGACUUUCCCAGCCCACCUCAGUACAGCAGAUUCCAAUCCCCAUCUAUGCACCUCUUCAAGGACAACAUCAAGCCCAACUAAGUUUGGGAGCGGGGCCAGCUGUUUCUCAGGCUCAGGAAUUAUUCAAUUCAUCCCUGCAGCCGUAUAGAUCGCAGCAAGCCUUUAUGCAGAGCAGUCUAUCCCAGCCGUCCCCCGUGGUUCUGUCUGGUACGGCCUUGCAUAACUUCCCAGCAGUGCAGCAUCAGGAACUUGCCAAGGCACAGUCGAGUCUUGCGUUUCAGCAGACUUCUAACACCCAGCCAAUCCCUAUCUUGUACGAGCAUCAGCUCAGCCAGGCUUCUGGCCUGGGAGGCUCGCAACUUAUUGACACACAUCUUCUUCAGGCUAGAGCAAGUCUCACACAAGCUUCAAAUAUUUACUCUGGACAGGUUCAACAGCCUGGUCAGAGCAAUUUCUAUAAUACUGCCCAGUCUCCCAAUGCUCUCCAGCAGGUAAACUAUGGCAUGGUAACAGUGCCAUUGCCUGCUUCCCAGCUUUCUUUACCUAACUUUGGAUCGACGGGGCAGCCUCUAAUUGCUCUGCCUCAGACCCUCCAGCCCCCACUGCAACAUACACCCCCACAGGCUCCGGCCCAGAGCCUCAAUCGGCCCACGCAAGUAAGCCAGCCUUUUCGAGGAUUAAUCCCUGCCGGAGCUCAGCACAACAUGAUUGCAACUACUGGAAAGAUGUCAGAGAUGGAUCUGAAAGCCUUUGGAAGCGGUAUUGAUGUUAAGCCAGGUACUCCUCCAAUCGGUGGUAGAAGCACCACUCCGACGUCCAGCCCUUUCCGGGCCAGUUCUACAAGUCCCAACAGCCAGUCCAGCAAAAUGAACAGCAUUGUCUACCAGAAGCAGUUCCAGUCCGCAGCUGCCACUGUGAGGAUGACCCAGCCGUUUCCUCCCCAGUUCGCACCCCAGCACCACUUGAUUAUUUUUGAGAGGAUGUUUGCGCUGUAUACACUAGGACCACUUAACCUCGCUUUGGGUGGUUUGGUCCAGAUCCUCUCUCAGCCUAACCUGGUCCCUCCAUUGGUAAGAGCCCCACAUACUAACACCUUCCCAGCGCCUGUUCAGAGGCCGCCAAUGGCACUGGCCAGUCAGAUGCCUCCUCCGAUGACCACAGGCCUCAUGGGCCACCCUCGUUUGCCCCAUGUGGCGAGGGGUCCUUGUGGAUCACUAUCUGGAGUCAGAGGCAAUCAGGCCCAGGCUGCGUUGAAGGCCGAACAAGACAUGAAGGCCAAACAGAGAGCCGAGGUUCUGCAGUCCACCCAGCGGUUCUUCUCCGAGCAACAGCAGACUAAGCCGAUGGGAGGCAAGGCCCCGAAGGUGGACAGCGACACCGCCAAACCCUCCGAGCCUCUGACCGACCCCCCUGGCGUCUGCCAGGAGAAAGUCGAGGAGAAGCCCCCUCCCGCCCCAACCACGGCGACGAAACCUGUUAGAACUGGGCCAAUUAAACCUCAGGCAAUCAAAACUGAAGAGACGAAGUCUUAAAAGGCAUUGGCUCGCCGUUGAAGGGGGUGGGGGGCGGGUGGGAUGGCAGGGAAGGGGGACGGGAAGUGGGGGGGGGUCAGAGGGAAAGGACUGGGUUCGAAUGACAGCGGCAGAAAACCGAAGCCGGAAGGGUAAGGCGACCUGCGACGUAACCCCGGCGGGGCUCGGAAACGUACGCGGUUUCGUAGGAGGUUUUUCGCGCCGUUACACGUAAGCAGCUUCAGCACAAGUCAAAACGGGGGCUCGGCAGCCCCUCUGAUGCCACCAGAGACCCGGCUCGGGCCGCUGGCUGCUCUGCUCGUCUUGGUAGUCGGGAUCGGGGCAUCCCGUCCCCAACGUCCUCACCCUGACCCGUGUGCAUCCCCUCCACGGAAGUAGAACAGCACUGUCGCGGGCCACACAGAACGAGAGAGAAGCGGCGGACACCCAGCUGGCCGAGCGGAGCCGGUUCCUCUCCGCCGCUCGUAGCCUGCGGUCGCCGCACCCGGUUUUUUUAGGCUCUCGGAGUUUUAAGCCCCGGAGGCGCCCGAUGCCGGACGGAGUAGCCUCCUUUUUAUUCUGGCAACUUGCUGCUGCUGAUUUUGUAACGAGGAAACCGGGGUGAAGAAACACAAUCAUAGUACAGAAAUUGAUCUUCCUUGGCGGAGCGGCGGUGCCGUGUCCGGGGCCGACUUCCCCGUGAGCGCUUCCGCCUGGGCCCUCGGCCCGCUUGUCGCCACGGCGACGGCCUCACGGAGCCACAGGUGCUUAGAACUGGGUCGCCCGCGUCGCUGAAACACAGCUGCGUCCGACCACCCUUCCUGCCCACUCUGUGCUGGAAAAGUAGAAUCAAGUCAAAUAAAUGCCUUUUUAAUUGUAUCCUCUAGUAUUAUAGUUGUAGGACAGUACUGUAUUAUACUUCUGUGAAUGUAAAAUAUCCUGUACCUGCUUAUGAUACGUAGUAGUGACUGCUAUACCAGAGCUGUUUUUAAUGAUGUCAUUCUAGAGUUACGUUUUUUUUUUCCAGAUGAUGAUUGAAAAGCUAAUAAAAGGCGCCAGGUACCACAUCAGUAACAGAAUUUGCUGUUUUCUGGGAUUUUUUUUUUUUUUACUUUUUUCUUUUUUUUUUUUUUUGGAAAUGAAGAGUGAGCUGAAAGUAAUGUGUAUAAUUUUGUUCAGAUGACUGCAGAACCUGGAAAGGCUGUUGCUGCUAUUGAUGCCUAGCGAAUCGCUAUUGGUUAUCUUUUUAUAUAAAUAUAUAUAUAUAAUUUGAACUUUUGGAAACUAGCUGUGAUGUCAACUUUGGGGAAAAAAAAGUAUCCUACUUGUACUGUGUUAAGUUGGCAUUGUACAGAAAUUAACAGCCAUAUUGGUCUAGAAACGUUAAACUUAAUUUUUUUUCCAUUUGUACAGGGGUAACGCACUGUAUUAAAUAUGUAAGGUCUUAUUUACAUGGGUUUGAUUACAGAAACUAAUAAAGUAUUCUCUAAAUAAUGAA